AACCCCGCCUACCCCUCUAUCACUUGCAAGAACGCGUCUUAAUAGUCAAAACUCCAUUGCUACUUACUCUUGUCCUCAACAGCGAAAAGAGACGCGUCAUUCGGUUCGAAGAGGAUCAUUGAAGCAGGAACGCCAACCUUCGCUCUUCCAUACACAGCUAUACCAUCAUUCGGCCAGAACGAACUAUCUCAAUCAUUCCCGCGCCUGAAGAGAUCACCAUGGCUACGCCUUCACCACAAACAUGGACGCUUCGCCUCAAAUCCCGCAAAACCACUGUCCUCCUCCACGUCGACCCACUUCAUACCUUCCCCACGAUCAAAUCAUACCUAUAUGACGCUCUCCAAGAAACAGACCUCAAAGACGCUGAGACCGGCGAAUCAAUACCAAUGCCCGCGUCACCGUCAGAAAUCCAGUUCGGCCGGCCAGUCAACAUCAACGAUGCGCACGAAGGCUUCCAACUAGGCGAGUGGGAGUACGCAGCGGCCGAGGAAGAAGCUGAGGGCAAGGGAAAAGCAAAGGCGGGGCGCAAGUCAAAUGGCGGGACAAUAGCGAGUGCGGCAAAUGUGAAGAACUGUCCGAAGGGUGCGGGGCUGAAAGAUGGUGCUGUUCUGGCGUUUAGGUGGGCGGGUGAUGGAAAUUGGGAUGGGGAUGAUGGCGAUAUGGAUGUUGAUCUGGAUAAGGGAGGAAGUGGGAAGGAGGCAGAUAUGUGGGGUGUUAAGCUGGCAAGCUUUGAAGAUGCUUAUGGAGUGGACAACGAGACAGAUGUCGGCGGUGGACGGGAGUUUGAAGGAUGAGGAAGAAACACGACCGGAUGAACUCACUUCUAAGUCUGGGCAAACAGAGGGGCGUUCAAGUGUAUUGCAUUUUCAGGAGUCCUCAACAAGACAGUAUUAAGCUACCACUUCCUAGUUGCGGGUAAUUAUAGUUUCCGAACUUUGCAUGGUAUGCGAUGGCAUGGAAUUAAAUGUAGGGUAUGCGUGGCUCUUGGAAAUCAUCUCCUCUGAGGAGAGUGCUCUAAACAAUGAAAGAGCGUUUAGAUAUACGCGAUAUACGUGGCAAUAUAAAAAGGCGGUAGAAAUCCGUGAAUAAACACGCGAA